AUGAGAAAAGUGAACCGGUUUGUUGACGGACUAAAAAGGGAACUUAGGAGGCUUGUGGGAAUGUCAAAACCUACUACCUUUCAAGAUGCGGUAGAACUGGCCACCCUUGCUGAGAAGGACAGUUAUGUCCCGGAUGCAUCGAAGAAGAGAAAGAUUAACCAGGCUGGCACGGAGAAAUUCAAGAGAACCCAAGUCGUUGGGGGAAAAAGUGGGGCAAUAACUGCUUGCGCCACAUGUGGAAGGAACCACCCAGGUGAAUGCAGGUAUGGCAAGGGAGUUUGCUUUACUUGUGGAAAGCCUUGGCACAUGUCAAGAGAAUGCAAGGCCAGACCUAUCUGCUACUCGUGUGGUGAUCCCGGACAUCGCCAAAGGGAAUGCUCCAAAAAGAACACGGAGCCACCGAGGUUGCUCGGAGGAUCGAGCGGAAAGAAGCCGGAUGCACCAAAAGGGAAGGGUUGA